AUGAGCAGUGAAAGAGAAACACCUGCUCUCUCACAGCUCAAUACGUCUGUUGGUGAGAACAAAGAUGCGUCCCAAACUCUGUCACCGGAGUAUGAUAAUAAAGGGAGUAUAAGCGGGCGUGAGGGUGGCAAUUUUCCCACGUACAUUGCCAUCAACGAGUAUUAUAAGCGAAUGGAAGAUGAACUAGAUAUGAAACCUGGUGACAAGAUCAAAGUGAUAACUGACGAUGAAAUAUACAAAGAUGGCUGGUAUUUUGGACGUAAUCUGAGAACCAACGAAGAAGGGUUAUAUCCAGUUGUAUUCACCCAAAAGAUAACGGUGGAUAGGACCCCAACGCUAAUGAGAGCCAAGUCUACCAAGAGAGUGUAUAGCCCAUUGGCACACGAAGAUCCUCUUCUCUCUAGCACGUUUAUCAAUGAAAACGACUCCACCAGUGAAUUACCCACUCCACAACCGAUUGAAACUGCUGCCUCCAUUUCAAGAAAUACUAAUGGCAAACUUGACAGAAACCUGUCCUUGAAAAAUACAAUGAGUGAUAUAGAUAAUGCCUUACGGGAGUUUAAUGAAGGCUCCGAGGGCGCUCCGGAUCGCUCUAUCGCUUCAAGCAGGGACGAAGCUCAUAGCAUAACUCAUGAAACAAUUUUAUCUACGACCGAUGGGCUGGACGUGAUCGAAGCGAACAACAAGCCAACAACCAGCGGAUCUACUAAGCCUUUAAGCAACAGUAUGGGCACACAAGCUACUUUCAUUAAUGGCAUCGACACUACCAAACUGAACCCUGUUGAAGCGGAAAUGUGGACACCUGAAGAAAUAACAGCAUAUUUUAUCAUGGAAGGAUAUGAUGUCCAAUCCGCCUCUAGGUUUCAAAAACAUAAGAUAUCAGGUAGAAUUUUAUUAGAACUAGAACUAGUCCAUUUAAAAGAGCUAGAUAUAAAUUCCUUUGGUACAAGAUUUGAGAUUUUCAAAGAAAUUGAAAAAAUCAAAGAGGCAAUUAGGACAAAUGGUCACUCAUUUAACAGAGUUAGCAAGGCUAAUAAUAACACUAACAGUUACAACCAAUUGAUGCCUCCUGCGAACGUCGACCAGAGGGUAUCCUACAGGGGCCAUGUCAGAAAAACUUCACAGUCGUUAGAUGACCUUCCAUCACAACAGAAUUUUACUGCUACCCCUCAAGGUAACAGAAAUUCUUCAACAGGUAAACAUAGACCGAAAUCUUUAGUUCUUGAUACUCAAGAAGGCGAUUCCAGUGCUACUCCAAAAAUUCAGAUUCCUCAAGUUGUAGAAGAAAUUGCUAGUAAUGAAUAUUUGUUUGUUUCCCCAAGAAGGGCACCCAAACCUCCAUCUUAUCCAAGCCCUGCACAACCUCCCAAGUCACCCCUCCUAAGUAAUAGAAAGGCCUCACCGUCUCCCACCCAAUUACAUUCAUGGCAAUCACCAAGUUCAUCUUACUCGGACUCAAAAAAAAAUUUGUAUACCGACCAAUCUUCAUCGAAUUCUAAUUCAAAUUCCCGUUUUGCACUUUCCAAAAACAACCAAGGGAACGGGAGGCCAUUGUCUCCUAUUCCUCCCUCCACUCUUAAAGCAAUUUCAAAUUCUGCAGACAAAACGAAAGACACAAAUACAGUAUCUGCAAAUAGAAAUUCCGUUCUUUAUUCAGGAUAUGCUGUUGACUCUUUCAACAGAAAAUCUUCUUAUUCCAGUGGUGAGGAAGAGCACUUCCAAGAAACGAUGGAUACACUCGAAAGACCCACAUCCAGCAUAUACGCCGAUGGGUCUACAAUCGCAUCAAUGAGUAAUGCUAGGCCAAUACAAGACAAUGAAAAGAAGAAAAAACCGACGAGACAUUCUUCCUUGUUAUCUUCAAAAUCCAAAGGUGAUCCCAAAAGGAACUCCUCUUUAAAAAGAAGCAGUAGCGCAUCAAGAACCAGUUCAUUCAGAAAAAGCACUUUUAUGCUAAGUCCCUUUAGACAACAGUUCACUGAAAAUGCGGCUCGUUCUUCACCAAGUCCUGAAAAAAAUUCUAUGGCUUCAACGCCACUAUCCCCAACCGAUAACAAAUCUUCCAAGGACAAAUCAAAAGCAAGAUCUGUCAGCGCCAAAGACGCUAUUCAUGAGGAUUUUACAGAAGUUGUAAAGGAUGAUAAAAACAAGAGGUCUGUUAGUGAGGCUGUCAAGGGUGAGACCCUCAAGGGAAAAAGUUUGCGCCAAAUGACUACGAGACCUUUGGCAAAGAAAAAACAAACAUCGGCGUUUGUGGAAGGGCUAAGAAACAUUGGCGUCAAAGAAGCAAUGAAAAAUGCAGACUUUUCAGGUUGGAUGAGCAAGAAGGGAAGCGGCGCUAUGAGUACUUGGAAGACGAGAUUCUUCACACUGCAUGGUACCAGAUUAUCCUAUUUCAGUUCCACAACGGACACAAGAGAAAGGGGUCUUAUUGACGUCACAGCGCACCGUGUUAUACCCGCUAAGGAAGACGACAAACUGGUUUCAUUAUAUGCUGCUAGUACAGGUAAAGGUCGAUAUUGUUUUAAACUACUACCUCCACAGCCAGGUUCGAAGAAAGGCUUAACAUUUACACAGCCUCGCACUCAUUACUUUGCGAUGGAAAGUAAAGAGGAAAUGAGGGGUUGGAUGGCUGCAUUGAUCAAGACUACUAUUGACAUUGACACUUCAGUUCCAGUCAUUAGUUCUUAUACUACUCCAACGGUUUCCUUGAGCAAAGCACAAGAAAUGCUAGCAGAAGCAAGAGAGGAGACCAAGAUAAGAGAACAGCAAAUUUUGGAAAACGAAGAAGACGAGGACCAAUUGUUAUGGGAUCAACAACAACAGCAACAACAUCAUCAAGAUGGUAACCAAAGUCAAGCUGACCGUACAAUUUCUGCUUCCACCCAACGGACUUCCGAUGAAGACAAUACCAUAUCUACUCCAAAUCUGUCCUCCGCUACCAAUACAACCAUUGGCUCAAAUGGGUUUUCUAGUCCUUUCUUACUGGCUUCUGGGAUGUUAUCUCCUGGACUGGCUCGCAACAACAGUAUGCGGGGGCCAGAUAAGAAGAAUAAACUCGUAACGGAGGAGGACUACUUCGGGCAAAAUUUUGAACACAAGGGUGGCAAAAUAUAG